GGGGCGCCGAGCGGGGCAGCGCCGGGCGGGCAGCCCGGCCGUGCUCCUGCCCAUCCCUGCGCCCGGCCGGAGCCAUGGAGGAGUUCCUGCAGCGCGCCCAGUCCCGGCUGAACAGGAGCAAACGCCUGGAAAAAGUCCAUGUUGUUCUUGGGAAUAAACCCUGUGAUUUGGAUUCACUGAUUUCUACCCUGGCCUACGCCUACUUUCUAGACAAGGUCAGUCCUCCUGAUGUUCUCUGCUUACCUGUGUUGAACAUACCAAGAAAAGAUUUCAGCUACUUUACUGAGACAAGAUUUAUUUUGGACGAGCUGAAAAUCCCAGAGUCAUUCCAUAUCUUCCGAGAUGAAAUCAAUUUGCAUCAGCUGAAUGCUGAAGGGAAAUUGUCUUUAACGCUUGUAAACAGCAACAUGCUGACAAGUGAGGAUAAAAGUUUGGAAUCAGCUGUUGUCAAAGUCAUCAAUCCAGAUGAGCAAUGUGACAGGAGCCUGGAGUUACAAGCAUGUUCUUCCUCUUUAGUCGUAAAAGAGAUUCUUCAAAAGGCACCAGAGUUAAUCACUCAGCAACUGGCUUAUCUCCUCAGAGGGAGCAUUCUCUUCAAGUGCAUGUCUUUGGAAGCUGACAGAAUGACAGAGCACCAGGAGAAAGUACUGUCAGUUUUGGAGGAAAAGUUUCCAGAUCUUCCACCAAGAGAGGAAAUUAUCUCUGUUCUCCAGGAGACUCAGUUUAACACCCAAGCUGUGAGCAUUGAGGAGGUUAUGCUCAAGGAUCUCAAGGAGAUUUCAGAUGGAGAAAUCAAAGUAGCGAUUAGCACUGUGUACGUGACACUGGAGGACUGCAAAUUACACAGGAGUCUCAUUGGUGAUCUGAAAGCAUUCAUAGAUAAAUAUGGGUUUGACGUACUUGUCAUUUUGGCCAACUGCUUGUCAGAUGAGAAGCAAACAAAACAACAAAUAGCAAUAUACUCGGAAAAUGUAGAGCUAGGCAAUCAAAUCUGCUGUGAAUUAGAAGAAUGUCAAAAUCCUUGUUUGGAGCUAGAUCCUCUAGAAUGUGAAUGUGACCAAAUUCUCAUUUAUCAUCAAGAAAAUUCUUCAGUGACCUGUGAUCAAAUUCUUCUUCUAAUUAAGGAAGUUAUAAAUAGAAGGCAACCAGAAAUGGUAUCAAACAGUAGAACUUCUUCUACUGAAGCUGUUGCUGGAAGUGCUCCACUUUCACAAGGAUCUUCUGGUAUUAUGGAGUUAUAUGGUUCUGAUGUGGAACCACAGCCCAGUUCUGCCAAUUUUAUAGAAAAUCCUCAAGAUCUAAAUGGGUCUGUGCAAGCCCACAUUGAUGUUAAUGUAGACCUUGUGAGUCCAGACAGUGGCUUGGCUACCAUUAGAAGCAGCCGGUCUUCCAAGGAGAGUUCUGUUUUUCUUAGUGAUGAUAGCCCUGUUGCAGAAGGUGCUGCACAUCACAGUCUUCUGCCUGGCUUUGAUUCCUACAGCCCUAUUCCUGAAGGAGCAAUAGCUGAAGAGCAAAAGUCUCAGUCAGGAAGCAAUAGCGAUAACUUUGGUCUUUUCAAUUUUGAUCUAGUGCCCAUGGUUACAGCUCCAUCUCAGUCAUCUCGCUCUGUUGAUUGUUCCCCAGCAGAUGACUAUUUUCUCAAUAGUGAUUCAUCAGAAGGGCAUCAGCUUACUCUGAAGAAAAAACUUGAUGAGACAAACCUAUCAGAAAAUGAUACAGUAAAGUAUUCAACUGACUUACUUACAACAAAAAUUGAGGAAGACAAUCUGGCUGAAUUUGAUGAGAAUACAGGAGAAAUGUGUGAGAAAACUUCAAGUUUGAUUGAUUUAGUUGAAGGUGAUUCUUCUUCACCAGAAGUGUUGAAAUCUGCUGAUUCAAGAAUUCCACCAACUCCUAUGAAUAGUCUUGUGGAUACUUCACCAUUAGAUAAUGGGCAGCCUUUAAUUUUCUCACAAGAUGUCAUAAAAAAAAUUAAUGAAAUAGAUGGCACAAAUUACUCUCCAUCUCGUGUUAGAUAUGGGAGCUGGUGGGAUGGCUUUGAUCUAGAUUCCAGAAAUGCUGAUGCAUGGAGUUCAAGUGAACAGGAAUCUGUAUUUCAGAGUCCUGUCUUGUGGAAAGAUUCUAAAGAAAGUCCUUUGCUACGAGAACAUACUGAUAGAAGAGCCUCAGAUUCUGUGUUCCUCCAAAAACAGCCAAAACAAAUGGAAUAUAUGAAAGCAGGUCUAUGGGAUAAUCAGUUUAAAGAAGAUAACUGGAACAAUGAGAAUCAAGAGAAAAACAGUGAACAUUCCUGUUUGCAAACUGCUUCUUUAGAUGAGACAAAGCAAGAGGUGGAGAGCUUUACAGACCUGUGGAAGGUCAGCCAACCAACACCUGUGAUGUCAGAUGCAUGGUGUAGCAGUGAAGGAAAAGAUAGCCAGCUAGCUGGAGACUCUUACAAAAUCUGGACUGAGUUUGAUGAAGGAAAUGCUGGUAAAUCCUCAGAAAAUGUAUGGAACAUGCGCAAACUAGAUAGAGAGUUAAAAGCGGUGAAUAUUCCUGAGGAAUGGGCCAUAUCAAAAACUGGUUUAUCACAUUCUUCAGAAAUCACAGUGGGCAAUGAAACUGAAAAUCCAGAAGUGUGGGAUAAAGGAAGGUGUUAUUCAAUAGAAGACUGUGGCAAAUCUGAAAAUGUAACUUUUGUUUUCAACAAUAUGCAAAAUAAUUCCAAGCUGAACACAGGGGAAAAAACUGCAUUUGGAGAUCCUAAACAUAGACCAAAACAAUUUGAAAAUAUAGAUAGCUGGAAUAUGUAUGAUAAAAACAUCAGAAAAGAAGUAACAGAAGUAGUGGUGCCAUGGGAGGAUACCUUCUUAUAUAAAAACUCGGAUCUUAGUUCCUCAAAUAUAGCAGAAGAUUUAGUUGUUUCUCCACCAGACACCAAUUAUUCAACAUCUGAUUCAUAUAUAUCACCUACAUAUGUGGAAGAUGAAAGAGAAAAUGAGGACAAGGAUUUUGAAGAAGAAACAGUUACUGGUAAAUUCAUGAACAAAAACUUGGCUGAGUCAAAAGUACUUGAGAAAUCAAGUAAGGAACCGUUAUCUCCUAACAAUGUGCCUUUUUCAAAUGCUAGAAAUACAGAUAUCUGGAACACUCCCCUAAAUAACAUCACCCAGUUACAAGAAAGAAAUUCUGAAAUUCCAGUUCUUUCUGCCUCUGCUAAACCUUGCCUUAAUUCAGAACAAACAGCUGAUGUAUGUUUCUCAGCUGAAACAUGUAGCAGUGAAAAUAACUUUCCUGUAUCUGAAAGCAGAAGAGUAAUACUGGCAUAUAAUCAAACAGUGAAUGACUUAUCACCAUCACAGAAUGAAUUAAAUACUAGACAGAGAGCAGCUGACAAGGCAGAAGCAGUGGGCAGUGUAGAAGACACAAACAUCUCUACGCCAACUUCAGAAAAUGAGAAUGGUUUGGAUCUGAAAAUAUGUGACUUAGGGAGUGAGAUGCUUAGUAAGAAUGCAGCACAAGACACUGCCAGUAUUGAUGAAGAGCUGGGUAUUGAGGAUUCAGUGCAACAGCUGGACUCAUGGCGUUUACAGAGUGAGCAGAGCUGUGAGGAAGGCUGGGAUAAUGCCACUGUCAUCUCUAAGGAAGGAGAAGAAUGUAAGAGAACACAUGUGUCAAGUGGGCAGCAGAUGAUAAAUGACAUUUGUAAUAAACCAGUGCAAGAGGACAAUGAAUCUUCAGAUAAAACAGAUUUGGAAGAAAAUGAGCCAACAAGUGAAGUUGCCAGCUCCCUAGAAAAACUGAGAAAUAGUUUUAGUUUGGAAGCAUUAAUCACAGAGAAUGUGUCAUUUUCCAAUCAAAGCAAUCCAGUUAGUCAGGAAGAGAGAAAAGAUGUGUUGCAGUGCAGUUUAGAAUCUUCAAGUAUUUCUGAAGGAGGCAGAGAUUAUGAAUUUUUUGAUGACCCCUUACUACAAAAUUACAAUUAUAGUGAAAUGUCACAGCUGCUUUCUGAGGCAGCUGGAAAAGAGGGUACGGUGACAGAGGAUGCAACAAGUCCCAAGAUGGAAAGUAUUUCUGAAAGUUCUGAUAAGGGUAGUGAUAAUCCUGAAAAUAAUUCUUCUAAAUUACCUGGAAGCUCAGGUGUCUGGAAUGACUCUGGAAAGAAUGGUUGUGGCCAAGCCAUAUCAAUUCCUUUGAUGGAUAAACCACAAGAACCUCUGGGAGAAGGGCAAGAAUGCUUACAUGAAGUGUCUCCUAACCAUCCAGACAUUUGUAAUUCUGAUUUAGUAUAUUUUAAAAAUAGCUUAGAACUGAUGAAGACCAAUGAAAAUUCUUUCACAGAUGAGUUUAAGAAAAAUCCUUCUGGAUUUGUUAGUGUUCCUGAUAUUACACAUAUGUCUGUGGUAGAAAAUUCAUUUUCAUUUGAAAUAGCUUCUGGGAGAAAUGAAAACUCUGAAAAUGUAGAAACUGCUACGAAUCUUCGUGGAGAGCCAUUUGCAGUGCUUAAUGACAAUUUUCUCCAAACUGCUUGGGAUUCACAGCCACGUGAAGAUUUGCAGUCUCCUAGAACAAGUCCUGAGGCAAGCGAAAUCCUUGAAAUAGCAAAUACCACAAGCAGCCUUUCAAAAGAUAUACAGAUCAAAAGCUAUUUGGAAGAAGAUAAUAUGUGGAGUAAUUCAAUAAAUUAUUAUACACACUCAAGUGGAACAAGUCCUGACUUAAGUGAUGCAUCUGUGAAUGUGUGGGGAGACUUUCCAGUUGCUAGUCAUCAUGAAAGGAGCAGGGAUGUGUGGGAGAUGAAAAAUAAUAAAAAUCUUGCGGAUUCUUUUAAAAAGCAGGAAUUUGGGAAUGAACAUGAAGAAGGAUUUGAAGCAAGCGGCGAAGAGAACAAAAUUCCUAAAAGCUUAGAUUUUUGGAAUGCCCAUGUAGAUGACGAUACUGUAUCUUCUUUAUCAAGUCCUGACAUAAAUGAGGAUUCAGAGAAUUCAGAGGCAUGUCCAGAAGUGAUUAAUGAAGAUUCAGUGUGUGAAAACAAACAGCACGAAGGGGCUGAAAAUGAAGAGGAUUGUGAUCAGUCCAAUGCAACAAGUCCUGGACCUAAUGAAGACAGUUUAGGUGCAAAAACUAAGGUGGGAGAGAAGGUCCUGGUAAGCACCUUUGGUGAAAAUUCUGAAUCAACUGAAGGCAAAAAGGUAUUGCAGGAGGAUGGGACUGUUGACUUUAUUGAUCAUAAUAAGACUACUCAAUCUACUACAGGCCACAGUGAAACACCUGACGAAAUAACUCACGUGAGUAUUUUCAAUGAAAAGCCAUAUAGUGGGGAAGACUCACAUUUGUAUCAAAUGAAUGAAGAUCCUGCAUCAACUUCUGCUGUUGGUGAUAAAGAAGAGCAUUCUUCAAAAGCUGUAGAUAGGUGGAGUAUGUCACUGGAAGCUGAUUCAAGAACUAGUCCAAAAUCCACAGUAGGAACAUCUGAUUUUCUAGAUAAUAGUUCAGAAUGGUGGAGUUCACAGCCCUGUGAAGAAAAGCAAUUGGAAGAUCAGUAUUCCGUGUCAAGUCACUCUGCAACAAAUCAGCUAGGAAACAGUAAAGAGUACUCCUGUGGCUCCCCUUCACAGGAUGAAGAACUAACAGAAACACAUUCCACAGAUACAGGUAAUGAUGAAAAUCCACCUGCCCCCCUGUACUCUGAUGAAAAAGAAAAUGAAAGACUAGUACAUUCUAUCAAUAGUCCUGAUGGUCAGAUAAAUGAAGACACUUUACAGUUCAAUCAAUUUGAUUCUUUCACACUGGAUAAAAAAGAAAGGGAGUUGAUAGAGCAGUUGUUUUCUGCAGAUGAGGAAAAUCAACUGAUUCCACAGAACUCUUUUUCAGAUGAGGAACAAGCUAUACCAAAUACAGCAGUUGAAGCAAUCACUGUACUGGAUCUACCAAAAGACGAUGAGGGAAAUGCAAAUCUUACUCCUCAAGGACAGCAGGAGGACACCUGUGAAGGAGUGCACUACUCUGUGCCAGAUGCUUUCACUGUAGAAGACUUAUCUUUUGAAAUGGCAGAAAAGUCAAGUCCAGAGUGGAAUAUAUUAGUUCCCCAAACUGCAAUUAUCCCAGAUAUUUUACAGGAUAACACACAGGGAAGUAAUCAACAGUUUUCAGUGGAACCUGACCUGUGGACUAAUGCUGAGCAGACUGUCACUUUGAAAUCAGAUGGUGAAAAUCCUGAUAUUUUAAGUCACUGUGACCAAGACAAUGGUUCAGAGUCAUCAAGCAGUCCUGAUGUGUGCCAGGAAUAUGGAGCUAAACAUGCCUCUGUCCCAUCUUCUCAGAUUGCUGUGGAGCCUGAAGACAGUCAGCCAAUUCAUACAAGAUCAAAUGUGAAUAAAGAGACACAUUUUGAUUCAAAGUGUCAGUUGGUAAUGCAGAAUGAGAUGCACUCUGAAAAUGGUAGCCCCCAGGACUAUGAACCAGUAAAGACCAAUGAAUUCUAUCAGCUUAUCUCUUCUAAUCUUCAGGAGCCUCCUGAAUUUGCAAUUCCAGACGAAUACAGUCUAGAAAAUAAGCUGGGUUUUGACCCUGUUGAGUCAGCUGAAAAUGCCAGCGAAGUUACAAAAGUAGCAUCCUUCGAUGUGAAAGACACGUUCCAUGGAAGUUUCACUAAUGCAAGCCAUCAAGGAGCACCAACUGAUACAGCUCAAAUAUCAACCUCUCAAAUGCAUUUGCUUCCCAUGGAUUUCAAUCAUCCUGAUAGGAAAGAACAAAGCUUAAAAGAAAUCAGUGCCUUGGGUGAAGUUGUAAAAUAUUCUGAUACUGACCAUACAGCAAUAACUGAUGUUGAGCUAGAUAGGCCAGAAGAAUGUGUGGAUGACUCUGACGCAGGGAUAGCACAUAGUAUCAGGGACACCUCAGCGACUAAUGUCCUGGCAGGCACAUGUGGUGGAAUGAACAUACUGACACUGCUAGACAGUGAGGCAGCAGAAGGGAAAUCAGAGGAUGAACGGACACUUUUUCCCAAAUGCUUUCUACCUGGUGGUAAUGAAGGUAAUGAAUCUCAUUCAAAUAAUCAACUGUUCGAUGACACAGCAAAAGAAUAUGAAGCUGUAAUUGAAAAUUGUGUUCCUGUGUUUAAGGAAAUACCUAAUGACCAAUCACCAACAGUGUGUACUCCACCAUCCUCUGCAUCUUUUGACGCUGAACCCUCUGGCAGCAGAGAGUAUGCAAACGGUGAACUCUUGUUACAGCAGCCAUUUUAUGACAGUGUUUCUUUGGAAAAACGAUUGCCACUGCCGGCUGCUCUGGAAGGUGCAGAGGGCAUCCUAAAGACCGAAGAUAAGGUGUCUGAGACAUCCAUGGAGUGUCUUGAGGAAAAUCUCACCCCAGUACCAUCGCCCUCCAUGUGUGAAGUAACCCCCCCAUAUACGGAUUUCUUGACAGGAAAAUCUGAAACAGAAACAGCUGAUCCUGACUCACCACCAGGUGGAGAUAGAAGAUCAUGUGACGAAACUGGCACUGACUCCCCACUUUGUACGGAGGAAAAGCUGAGAAAUUCCCAUAAGAGCCCUGAACUGGAAAGUACAGACAGUAAAGAAGAUGUGAGGAUGCAGGUGCUCCCAGCUUCACUGGAGAUGGAUUACAUCCUUGUUACUGAGGAAAAAAAUACACCUGCAACAAAUGAUACCCUUGAAAGAAGCAAAAUUGAUUUUGCAUUUCAAGAAUCCCAUGAAGGCUUUUCACCAGGCUCCUUGGAUGCCUUUCAGGCAAUAUCCAUUUCAAAUGAAAGCAAAGAUCAUCUUGUUUGUGGGACUGGAUGGGACACUGUUCACUUAGAAGAGAAAAAUUCUUCUGCUGUGCCUCAAAAGCUGGAUGGUGAAAGGAAAUCACAGGAAAGCUGUGGGCAAGACGAGGGUUGGAUUAUAUUGGGACAAAAUGAAGUAAGUGACCUAUCACCUGAAGAAAUUUCUGCCAAGACAGAAAUGCCAAAAUCAGGGUCCAGACAUCCUGAAGAACUGCCAUCUGUUGUAGCACAGGAACUGAUUCUUGACACUUGGACAGAAUUUCAGGUAGAAACUCCCCUUCAGAAACCUUUUGAACAUGAAAGCUGUUCUCCUUCAGAUGGCCUGGCUGCUGAGAAUGUGAGUUCGGGCAUUGCAGGAACAUCAGAGUUGCAGGUAGCUGGUGGUGAUAGUACCUGGGAAGCAAAUUCUCAACAGAGGCUUGGGAACCAUGUAGCAACAGAACAAGAAAUGAAGGAGGAAACGGUUCUUCUCAACAGUGACAGAGAAUUGAAUCAAAAAUCAGGGUUGGUACAAGAGGAUAUGGGAAUGGACAUCCCCUUAGCUGAGGGUGUACUGAGCCCCAGUUCUACGGAGAUGAGACCUGAACCUCCUAAUUCGCUUGAUCUUAAUGGUUCCCAACCCAGAAGGAUAAAGCUCACUGCUCCAAACAUCAAUCUGUCAUUGGAUCAGAGCGAAGGGUCUAUAUUGUCUGAUGAUAAUUUGGAUACUCCUGAUGAAAUUGACAUUAAUGUAGAUGACCUUGACACUCCUGAUGAAGCUGACUCUUUUGAAUACGCUGGACAAGAAGAGCAGACUGCUGCUAAGGAUGCUUCCCAGGAGGAGUCUGAAUCAAUCCCUGAGUAUUCUGCUGAAGAGGAGCGAGAGGACAACAGGUUAUGGAGAACAGUGGUUAUUGGAGAACAAGAACAGAGAAUUGAUAUGAAAGUCAUUGAACCAUACAAAAAGGUCAUUUCACAUGGAGGAUACUAUGGUGAUGGUCUGAAUGCUAUCAUUGUGUUCGCAGCAUGCUUCUUGCCAGACAGCAGUCGAACUGAUUACAACUAUGUCAUGGAAAAUCUUUUCCUAUAUGUAAUCAGUACCUUAGAGCUGAUGGUAGCUGAAGACUAUAUGAUUGUCUACUUGAAUGGAGCAACACCAAGAAGAAGGAUGCCUGGAUUGGGUUGGAUGAAAAAAUGCUACCAGAUGAUUGAUCGACGAUUACGGAAGAAUUUGAAGUCAUUUAUAAUUGUUCAUCCAUCAUGGUUUAUCAGGACAAUUCUGGCUGUAACACGACCUUUUAUAAGUUGUCUCACUUUGCAUUAUUGGGAAGAUACGUCUCUUGAGGGGAGGGGCAGUCACCUUCUGCUCAGAGCUGUUUCAGAGGCUUCGUGUUGUCUGGCUGUACCUGCAG